AUGGAAGCCUUUCGCUGGAUAUUCAUCUUCUGCAAUGAUCUUACGAGGAGAUUCUUUCAUCAGAAGCUCAACAGUUCUGCUGGCUAUAUCUUCAUUUCUCUUGGGAGCUUUUUUGGAUUUCUUAGAGAUAGUGUUUCGUCAGAGUCUAUCCAUUUGCCUAACAAUGGGACUAUCAAUAUGUCUCCUGAGUUCUCAUAUCAGGAGUCUUCCCUUAUCAGACUCCUUCCCUUCACAGAUCAGAUAUGGCUUAUCAUCUUCCUUAUCAGGACAUUAACUCGCCUAGAUUGCUCACAGCUCAAUGGCGGCUUCAGCUCAAUCGCAGCUUCUCUUUCAGCUUGCUCACCAGCUCAUGCCAGCUGGGAAUUUGGACUGCUCAGCUCUUCUCAAUGGGACAGUUCAGCUCUUCCCUCAGCUCAAUGGCAGAUUGCUCACAGCUCUCCGCUUACCUCAUUUUAG